AUGCUGCACCCGGUCAGGGACGACCAGCUGCAGGUGUUCUCGGCGAGGUUCAACGAGGUCUUCCGCAAAUGCCAGUGCCCGGGCAAUAUCUGCUUCCUACAUGGCAUCUCAACGCAUAAUGGGAGGCUUUGUGUAGCGAUGAGGUUUUCCGAAGGAUCCAUUGGGGAUAGGAUGGCUCGACUUAAAGGUGGAAGGCUCCCUUUGUCAGAUGUUUUAAGAUAUGGCGCCGAUUUGCCGCUUGGUGUGCUAGAACUACACUACAUGGGAAUAUUUGUUCAGAAUCUCCAGUCUUGUAAUUUUCUCCUUGAUGACAAUGACCAGGAAGCAUGGUUUUGUUUUAUCCCAUAUAUCAGUACAUAA